AUGGCAGACUUGACCCCAUUAUUCAACCAGGUGGUAAGUAUCGUCCAAGAGGAAUUUAGAGACUCGAUCCAGAUUAAUCGCCUCAAUAAAGACGAGUAUGCCAUAAAUGAUACGUUCACCAAAGAAUCAAAGGGGUUGUACAGGUAUAUCAUUGGGCUCAACUCAUUCCUCGAACAAAUCAAGCAACCAUACUUGGCUAUAAAUGAUGAUAACGACACGAAAGGGCUAAGUAUUGAUGACAAAAACAAACUCGAUGAAGACUUCCAAAUCAAACUUCAGGCUCUAUACGAGAAACUUAAGGUCCUUCAAAACUACGAAAAAAAACGCCAAGUCCACAAGCCGAAAGGUCACUGGAUAUCCAAUAUGUUUGGUGAUGAGGAAGAAGAUAUGAAACAGUUAUAUUUUGUGAGUCUAAGUAAUCACAGAAAUCAAGUGUUGAAGUUUUUGAGUGAAUCCUUGAAUAAUUCGGGUAAACAAUUCCAAAAGUUGCAAAAGAAGCGUAUUCAGAGAGAGCGACAGUUAAACUUACUCAAUUUCCAAAACUUAGAGGACGAUCUCGACCUAGAUAUUCCAGCUACAGAGUUGGACGGACCCAUCUCCUGGGAGAAUGAGGUACCCCAAUUGUCACCGGGUCAAAUCCAAGAGUUCGAACUGGAAAAUGAAACUUUACUUAGCUUGAAGAAUACUCAGCUUAAAAAGGUUGAAACUUUGCAUACGUCAAUGGUGGACAUCAUGAAUAUGCAAGCAGAAAUCACAUACCAGAUAGAAAGUCAGUCCAGCCAAAUCAUGAAUCUUAUCGAUAACCAGGACCAGAUAAACUUUGAUUUGACCUCUGGAAACAAAAACUUAACCAAGGCCACCUCAAGGAACAAGAAAAGUGCAAAUAUAAUAAUAACUACCAACAUUAUUUUGGGAAUACUUUUGUUAAUAAUGGACUAUAUACGAUAA